AUGGUUUUUAUUGUGCUUUGUCUUCAAGAUCAUACUGGGAAAGCCAUGUUUCACCUCUUCUUACAAGUCUUUGAAGAAGUACUCCAGGAUCUUGACCCCACUUGUUUAAAAUUUCCAAUUAAAGCACUGCCCUUGUCUGCAGCUGAUCUGAGUGCAACACUCUUGGCACCCGCCAAGCAGAAAGUUUGCUCAAUGGAGAAAGGAACAAAUCCCAGCCUGUCCCUGGCAGUUCCUUCCUUUCUCAGGAUGUUACCUUCCCUAGGAGGGAUGGGUACAGGGUGGCUGUUUCCAACAGCUCUUCCCUUGUCUCAGGAUAUCACAUUCCCAGCACAUUCUACAGUUACUUAUGAGAACUACAGACUUGAUAAGGUCCACAAAAGGGAAAUGAAGAAGAACAAAUCAAUGGAAAUAGAGUUUAUUCUCAUAGGACUGACAGAUGACCCACAAUUGCAAACUGUGAUUUUCCUGUUUUUAUUUCUCAACUACACAUUAAGCCUGAUGGGGAACUGCAUCAUCAUCCUCCUCACCCUGCUGGAUCCCCGCCUUAAGACUCCAAUGUAUUUCUUUCUCCGUAAUUUCUCCUUUUUGGAAAUCAUAUUCACAACUGUGUGUAUUCCCAGAUUCUUGAUAACCAUUGUGACUAAAGACAAAACUAUUUCUUAUAAUAAUUGUGCAGCUCAAUUAUUUUUUAUCCUUUUACUGGGAGUUACAGAGUUUUACCUCCUGGCUGCCAUGUCCUAUGACCGCUACGUUGCCAUCUGCAAACCGCUGCAUUACCCAGUCAUCAUGAACAGCAAAGUGUGCUACCAACUUGUGCUCAGCUCCUGGGCAACAGGAUUCCUCAUCAUCUUCCCUCCAUUGGUCAUGGGACUCAAGCUGGAUUUCUGUGCUUCCAAAACUAUUGAUCACUUUAUGUGUGAAACUUCUCCUAUCUUACAGAUCUCUUGCACCGAUACACACAUCCUAGAAUUAAUGUCUUUUAUCUUAGCUGUGAUGACACUUGUGGUUACAUUGGUAUUAGUAAUUCUCUCUUAUUCUUGUAUUAUUAAGACCAUUCUGAAAUUUCCUUCUGCACAGCAAAGGACCAAAGCUUUUUCUACCUGUACUUCCCACAUGAUUGUUGUCUCUAUGACUUAUGGUAGCUGUAUCUUUAUGUAUAUUAAACCAUCUGCAAAAGAAAGAGUGACUGUAUCCAAAGGUGUAGCUUUGCUGUAUACCUCAAUUGCCCCUUUACUAAAUCCCUUCAUUUAUACUUUAAGGAACCAGCAGGUGAAAGAAGUCUUCCAAGAUGUAUUACAAAAGAUUUUGUAUUUUUCAAAGAAAACAUUUUAA